AUGGGCACAAGUGUAGAUAUUUUUCUCUCUGCAAAAAUUACAGAAAAUAAGAUAAAUGCUUCAACCCAAGGAGAUCCACCUUCAGCUGAUGCGCCAGUAUCAAAGCCUUUCUCAUCACCUGCAGAAAAACAAGAAUCAAAGCAAAAAAAAAAAGAAAAUUAUUCGAGACGAGAGCUACCGAUUAGUAAAGCUACUAUUGAAGUGAAGGAUAUAAACUCGUUUAGUAGAACUCAAUCUAAAGAGCCUGAUGAUAUCAAGAACCAUUUUGACAUUACUCCAGGAGGGAGUCCGUGCCGGAAACGGCAAAGAAUUUAUGGUGAUAGGUUUAUUCCUAAUCGAGAAGGGCAAGACUUACAAGCAAGCUUUAGCCUGCUACAAGAUGAAGGCUCACCGGCUACUCCUGUGAACCAAAAGAAGCGUACGCCCCACGGGGAAUUACAUUUUCAGAAGACAGAAGAAGCAAAUCGAACUUUCUCGAAGCUACUGCGCUCGGAAAUUUUCGAUAAUUCUAUUCCCCAAUCUUCUUCUCCCAGUCAUAUAUCUGAUAUGUCAACCUGUGCAACAACUACACACGACCCUACGAGAUCGCAUACCCCUCCUAAUAAUGGCUCUAGUUUAAUGCUACCAGCCUCACUUACCCCAUCAACGCCCCACAAGAAUUUAUUCUCUUACAUAUCACCUCGACACCAUCCAAAUAUUGCCGGACAUCCAACCCCAUCGAGAACACCCCAAAGUAGACAUGGUACAACUCUUAGCUUAAGAUCCGAAGUUUAUAAUCUUUCACCUGUCCGGCUUGAAAGCCAACAAAUACUCCUUAGUCCCAGGAAGGUACCACGGCCAAUUAGCAAAGUUCCCUACAAAGUUCUCGAUGCACCCGAUCUAGCGGAUGAUUUCUACCUCAAUCUUGUCGACUGGGGUAGUAGCAAUAGUCUAGCAGUUGGUCUAGGAAGAUGCGUAUAUUUAUGGAAUUCUCAGUCAGGUCAGGUAAAUAAACUGUGUGAACUCACCGACGAUACAGUCACCAGCAUAUCCUGGAUACAGCGUGGCUCACACAUUUCUGUUGGAACUGGUAAAGGGCUUGUCCAGAUAUGGGAUGCUGAGAAAGUUCGACGGCUAAGAACCAUGACUGGACACACAGCUCGUGUUGGUUCGCUUGCUUGGAAUGAUCAUAUUCUCACAUCAGGCUCUAGAGAUCGACUCAUUUAUCACCGUGAUGUCCGGUCACCCGAUCAGUGGCUUCGAAAGCUGGUUGGUCAUAAACAAGAGGUUUGUGGAAUUAGAUGGAAUUGCAACGAUGGACAGCUAGCUUCAGGGGGAAAUGACAAUAAACUUAUUGUCUGGGAUAAGCUCAAUGAAACCCCACUUUGGAAAUUUAACGAUCACACUGCAGCUGUUAAAGCCAUUUCAUGGUCACCCCAUCAGCAUGGACUUUUGGCUUCCGGAGGCGGAACUGCUGACCGCCGAAUAAUAUUUCAUGACACCCUGAAAGGCACAACAGUCAAUGAAAUAGAUACAGGCUCUCAAGUUUGUAACUUGGCUUGGAGCAAAAAUAGUAAUGAAAUUGUUAGUACUCACGGCUACUCACAAAACCAAAUUGUCGUUUGGAAGUAUCCCAGCAUGCAGCAGGUUGCAUCACUCACAGGACAUACUUACCGUGUAUUAUAUCUUGCUAUGAGCCCAGAUGGUAGAGCCAUAGUAACGGGCGCAGGCGAUGAAACACUACGGUUCUGGAAUAUAUUUGGGCAUAAAUCAGGACAAGAACCAAGCGGAGAAACUGAUGGGGAAGGACGUUUAGGUAAUUGGGGAAUAAUAAGGUGA